AUGAUAUUACGUCUGCAGGAUUCCAAGCCGAAGGGUGAAUAUACUCCCAUGAAUACGGUGGUCUCUCGUUUUGGUCCCGAGAACGGAACUUUUUUUAUAUUACCAGUUGUCUGCCACAAUACUUGCAGUUUCGGUUGUUCUGUCGCGGCUGAUCCCGAAAAUCUAAAACUUCUUUCCCACCGUUUCUUCUUUCAGGUUGACAGUCGUCGUCAGAAGCGUGAAGUUCCCGAAUACCUCUGUGGUCGCAUCAGUUUUGAACUGAUGCUCGAUCCAGUUAUCACCCCGAGUGGGAUCACUUACGAUCGUCGCUCCAUCCUUGCACAUUUGCGCAAAGUCGGUCAUUUUGAUCCCAUUUCCCACCAGCCUCUCACAGAAAAUCAGCUUAUACCAAACCGAAUUAUGAAGGAGGUUGUUCACGCAUUUCUGGAAGAAAACCCUUGGGCAGAGAACUACUGA